ACCUGUUCAUACCUUAAGAACAUUCUAUAAAUAUAUUACAGAACCACACAAUAUUGUAAAAGACAAGAAAUAAAGUUAAUGAAACCAAGAAAAUAUUAGUUGUUCAUCAUUUUAUUUUUUUUCCCAUUCUUUGUUAGUUUUCUGUCUGAAAAUAUAAAGAAUCUUAUCCUCUGGCAGUUGAAAUCAAGAUUUCAAGCUUUUUUAUUUUUUAUUUCAAGAUUUGAAUCCAAACCCAGAUGCAAGAAAUGGGUAAAAUAGAUGAAAAUAAUCAUCACCAGCCUUAUUAUUCUGAUCCAGAACUGAAGACAGGUGACCAAAGAAAUUCUUACAGUGGUUCUUUAAGCGGACCAUUGAACAAAAGAACAACAAAAAAGAGUGCAAGAUUCAACAUUCCUGAAGCUACUUCAUCUCAGGAUGAACAAUAUCUGGAAGUAACUCUCGAUGUUCGUGACGAUUCUGUUGCAGUUCACAGUGUAAAAGCUGCAAAUGGAACUGAAGAAGAUCCGGAGCUUACGUUACUUGCUAAAGGAUUGGAGAAGAGAUCAACCUCGAAUGUUGUCAGGAAUGCUUCUGCUAAAUUCCGACAGGUUUCUCAUGAAAUCAAGAAGUUAGCUUCGUUUUCGAAACGAACAUCUCCUGCUCGUCUAGACAGGACCAAAUCUGCAGCUACUUAUGCUUUGAAAGGACUUAAGUUCAUCAGCAAGACCGAUGGAGGUGGAGGUACUGGUUGGGCAGCUGUUGAGAAGCGUUUCGACGAUAUUACUGCUUCUACCGACGGAUUGCUUCUUCGGUCAAGAUUCUGCGAAUGCAUAGGAAUGAAGGAAUCAAAAGAGUUUGCAGGAGAACUGUUUAAUGCACUUGCGAGGAAGAGGCAUAUAGAAGGUGAUUCUAUCAGUAAAGAUGUUCUUAAGGAGUUUUGGGAACAGAUUGCUGACCAGAGUUUUGAUUCCAGGCUUCAAACUUUCUUUGACAUGGUUGAUAAAGAUGCAGAUGGAAGAAUCACAGAAGAGGAAGUAAAAGAGAUUAUUACACUCAGCGCGUCUGCGAAUAAAUUGUCAAAUAUUCAAAAACAAGCAGAAGAAUAUGCAGCCUUGAUCAUGGAAGAGCUGGAUCCAGAAAAUCAUGGAUAUAUCAUGAUAGAGAAUCUGGAAACACUUCUAUUACAAGGACCAACUCAGUCAGUAAGAGUAGGAGAGAGCAAAAAUCUGAGCCAAAUGCUUAGCCAGAAGCUUAAGCCAACUUUAGAUGACAGCCCAGUAAGAAGAUGGGUGAGAACCAGCAAGUACUUCGUUUUAGAUAACUGGAAGAGAGUCUGGGUCAUAGCUCUAUGGCUCGGAGUUAUGUCCGGUCUAUUUACUUACAAAUAUAUUCAAUAUCGAGAACGAGCUGCAUACAAAGUGAUGGGGGCUUGCGUCUGCAUUGCGAAAGGAGGCGCUGAGAUUCUUAAGUUCAAUAUGGCUUUAAUCUUAUUACCAGUCUGCAGAAAUACACUUACUUGGCUUAGAAAUAACACCAAGUUAGGCAUGGUAGUUCCUUUCGACGACAACCUUAAUUUCCACAAGGUGAUUGCAGUGGGAAUUACGGUUGGAGUUGGUUUGCAUGCGAUUUCUCAUUUGGCUUGUGAUUUUCCUCGGCUACUGCGAGCAAGUGACGAGCAAUGGGAGCUCAUGGAGCCAUUUUUCGGGGAUCAACCGUCGAGUUACUGGCAUUUUGUGAAAUCAGUAGAAGGAAUAACAGGGAUUGUAAUGGUGGUGUUAAUGGCAAUAGCGUUUACAUUAGCUGCCCCUUGGUUCCGACGAAACAAGCUUAAUUUGCCUAGUUUUCUCAAGAAACUCACCGGUUUUAACGCCUUUUGGUACUCUCAUCAUCUGUUCAUCAUUGUCUAUACACUGCUCAUUGUUCAUGGUCAAUACUUGUACCUUACUCAUGAAUGGUACAAGAAAACGACAUGGAUGUAUUUGGCUGUUCCCCUUAUUCUUUACGGGGCCGAAAGACUGACUAGGGCACUAAGGUCCAGCAUCAAGCCUGUUACCAUUAAAAAGGUGGCUAUAUAUCCUGGAAAUGUAUUAGCACUUCACAUGUCAAAGCCUCAAGGAUUCAGAUACAAGAGUGGACAAUACAUGUUUGUCAAUUGUGCUGCUGUGUCUCCAUUUGAAUGGCAUCCAUUUUCUAUAACAUCAGCUCCUGGAGAUGACCAUUUAAGUGUCCACAUUAGAACAUUGGGUGAUUGGACAAGGCAACUUAAAACAGUUUUUUCACAGGUGUGUCAGCCACCAGAUCAUGGUAAAAGUGGACUGCUCAGAGCUGAUGGCUUUCAAGGAAAUAACCGCCCAGAUUUUCCAAGAGUAUUAAUCGACGGUCCAUAUGGAGCCCCAGCGCAAGACUACAAAAAAUACGAGGUGGUUCUUCUAGUAGGUUUAGGAAUCGGAGCAACACCAAUGAUAAGCAUACUUAAAGACAUAGUAAACAACAUUAAAGCAAAAGAAGAAGAAGAAAAAGAAGAGUUUAACUCAUUAGAAAAUGGAACAUUACCAAAAACCCCAAGCCCUAAUUCACAAAAAAGAAAAGAAAAUUUUAAGACAAGAAGGGCUUAUUUCUAUUGGGUGACAAGAGAACAAGGCUCAUUUGAUUGGUUCAAAGGGAUCAUGAAUGAAGUGGCUGAACUAGACCAGAAUCAUGUAAUAGAAUUACAUAACUAUUGCACAAGUGUUUAUGAAGAAGGUGAUGCCAGGUCAGCCCUAAUUGCUAUGCUUCAGUCUAUAAACCAUGCAAAGAAUGGAGUUGAUGUUGUUUCUGGGACACGUGUCAAGUCUCAUUUUGCUAAGCCUAAUUGGAGAAAUGUUUUCAAGAGGACUGCUCUUAAUCAUCCUAAUUCUAGAGUUGGUGUGUUUUAUUGUGGUGCGCCGGGAUUGACAAAGGACCUAAGACAUCUUGCUCAGGAUUUCUCACACAAGACAAACACUAAAUUUGAUUUUCAUAAAGAGAACUUCUAAAUUUUCAGUGCAACAGAGUGAAAGAUCCUACUGUCCACCAUAUUACAGUCCUUUCGUUGACAUUUUUGUUAGCCUCAUUUAAAUACUGCAUUGUGGUUUUUAGGAGUUUUGUCAAUAGGAAAUCUAUGAAUUAUCAGCGAGCAGAAGAUAGUGCGGUGGUUGAUUGAAGAGGCAGCCCACCACCAUAAGUUUGGUUUAAAACAUUAGUUAGUGCUCAUCUAUUUUUAUGUCAAUCACUAAUGUCUAUAUUCAAAUACAAUAGGAAUUGUAAAGCAUUCUUUUUUUAUCUACUUUCCAAAUUUUCAUAUAAAAUUUAAUAGAGAAUUUCUGUUAGUUUUCUGAUUAA